GCAGGGUUGGGUGGGCUCAGACUGGUGCAUAUUGGGGGGAGUCAGUGGGUGAUGGGGAAACAAUGGAGUCGGUGCAGAUGAUGUUGGUGCUGAUGCUGCUGCUGCCGGGGACCUUUGUCUAUGCCCAGCUGCAGAUUUCCACUCCCCCCUCCCCCAUUGUUGCUCAGCUUGGAAGCUCCGCCUCCCUGCCCUGCACCUUCACUCUGGGGGUGGAGCCAGUAGAUCCCGCCCAGGUGCAUGUGGUGUGGAAGAAGGAGGGCACUAAGGUUCUGGCCUAUGUGGGGGAGCUGAGCACCCCGAGACCCGGAGCCCAACUCUCUGAGGAACGUCUGGCACAGGGCGAUGCCACCCUCACCCUCCCCAAUGUCACUGACUCCGACACCGGCCGAUACUCCUGCAACAUCCGACUGUCAUCUGAGCAGGACACACAAACUGUCACAUUGCUGGUCACGGAUGCCCGCCAGAUUUGGGUGGAAGGAACCAUGGUUGUUGCAGAGCAGUCCAAUGAGCUCCAGUGUGGGGCCAGCAACUUGUCCUCCUCUGAUGUGGUGAUUGAGUGGGUGAGAAAUGGGCAAGUCCUGAGCACCUCUGCGCCUCACAUUGUGGAAAACACGGAUGACCAAGGCUUUAUGGUGCAAAGUUCCUAUUGUCUCACCCCCACCAUGAAUGAUACCUGGGCCCAUUACUCCUGCCAGGUCCUGCAGAAGAACUUUCCUCACCCGUUGAAGAAGACUUUCCAGCUGACAUUGGGAGCUCGCCCACAUAUAUUCUUUCUAUUAUCGGGCAAAGGGCAGAAGAAUUCCUCUCUGGUUUGCCUGGUAUCCGGCUUUUAUCCAGAUGAACUCAGUGUCACAUUGAAGAGAGAUGGGCAGAUUCUUACUGACAAUGCCCAAAAGUGGGUGAACCCAAAUGGCACAUUCUCACAGGCGGUUAUUUACCCCUUCAAUGUGACCGUGACGGAUGAUAACACUGAAUUCACAUGCACCGUCAGUCACCCAACGCUUCCCAGAGGGGCCACAGAGAGACUGCUCUUCUUGGUUGACCCAUAUGUGCCCAAAGUAUUCUGGAUCAUUCUGUCUGCAGGGGUCUUGUUGGCAUUUGUACUGCCCUCCCUGUGCAAACAUGUGACUGACAUAGCCGUUUGCAAGGACUGGACAGAAGGAAGCACGGCCAUACUAAAGUGCAGAAUCUCUGGCCGUUACCCAAAGUCCAUAACAGCAGUGUGGCUGGUUCGACUGGGGGAGAAGGAACUUGAGAUAAAGGAGAGAGGAUCCCAACACCCCGUUGGAGAUUACAGGGAGCUACAAGAACAGGAUUCCUACACCUGUUGGAACAUAGUGAAAAGCACCUGGGUGUGCAACCUGCGCCAGUCCCUCUCCUCCGUCCUCUGCUUCCAGGUGCAAAAGGACAGGCACGACCGGGCUGAAUUCAUCUGCAGGUUCAUGAGGGAAAAUAGGAUCCUGGGGGAGAAGCACUACUUUGGGAAUGUCCUGGAUAAUUAUGGGUUCUACUCGGUAUCUGAGAUCUGCAUCCCGGAGGAAUGUAAUGAGGACGAGAAGCUGACGUUAACUUGCUGCAUGCAGGGGAAUGUCCCACGAGAAAUCAGUGUCAUGUGGGAGAGGUGCCAGGAUGAGGAGAGGACACCCAUCUCCAAGGAACAUGACGGGACCUACCACAUUACAGAGAAUAAAUCAGCAGGGAGGUUCUCAACCUUCCUCACAUUCAGUCCUUCAAAGAUGGAUUCUGGGUCAUCUUUCUCCUGUUCCUUUUCAGAGAACGAGGGCCGGAUCCUGGCAGAACGCAGCUCCAUGCCCUUGAAAGUGUCAGAACCAAAGAAGAACACCUGGUCAAAAACUUACCAGAACUGGGGUUUCCGAGCAUUUGAUGAAGCUGGCAUCACUGAAAUGUGAAAGUCAACCUCUACAAGGUUGGGCGGGUCCCAUUCCUCAUUACCUGGUCUAUGAUCCACCUUUCAUCCUGCUGGAGAUACAACACGAUGUUUGUAAGGAUCUAUAGACCAUCUGCACUACUGAAGAUGAUGCCUGUGGGGCCAAUGGGAAUGGAUUGUGUGUUUGCUUCAGUAUGGUCCCAAUAUCAUAAUUCCAUGUGCUGCAAAAUUGGUGCCUCUGGGAACCAAAACCAGACCGUGUGAAUUUCUCACUGCAUGUUGCAACUCAUUGGCUUUUCCCCAACGCUGGACCAUUAAUACAUUUCACCAAAGCUCAGAAGAACUGGCUGGCAUGGGAAAAAGAGCCUUGCUGUAAAAGAGGGAUAGUGACGCAUCCCACAAAAGUGCCAACAUUUGCCCAGGAGUGCCAUGGGCCUUUCUAGGAAUCAUAGUCAGUGAUAUACCCAAGAAACUCAAAAACUGGCAAGGAAUGGGCCAGUAAGUCAAUAAAAAUACAAAUGUCCCAUCAGAAGUCAUAAAUGUUUUAUUGACUAUGGCCGAGCAAUACAUCAUAAUAACUACGAACAUGGAUGAUAAAUGGGCAUCAGCCUCCAACACAUGAAAAACCUCACCUAUGAAAAAGGCCAGUGUGGGGCAUAUGAAGAACCAAGUUGGGAAUGUUAUCAUCUCCUGUGUCUGAUCAGUGGAACAUAUUGACCUGUGAGAAUAUUUUUGGGUUCCAUGUAUGAAGGGAAUCAACCGAAUAUCCCAGUUUGCAGAACUGCACCAAAACAUAGAGGAACCCAUAGCUCCAGUUUUACUUGUGGUAUUAACAGAACCAUUUCUAGGUCAAAAAACCCUAUAAAAGCACAUGAGAUCCCAUAUCAAAGGCAGAUCCCAUAACCUCUAGGCCAAUGGUUGGUCAUGCUGUGGUCACUGUACACUCUCACUACUCAAGUUAUACUCAGUAUCAAAGUUAGGUCAUACUCUUAUCUAUACUACUCUCCACAUUACUCUAUGUAUGGCCAUACUCUUCUGUUUCCUACAACUAUCAGUGUCAUACUCAGGUCAUACUCUUACCAUUACUACUACUCUCCAUGUCCAUACUCUUCACUGCACCACAUAACACAUGUUAUAUUCUCCAUCUUCACUAUCUUUAUGUUUUUCUUCCAUUAGUUUAUUUUGUUCAUACACAUCACUGAGCUACAACUCUCAGCGGUCAUAGACAUUACAUCCCUACAACUCUCUGUCAUAUUUGCCAUAACUUAUGGGUGAGCGCCAGUUAUUUCCCAGCUGGCAGUUUAUCUGUUACAUGGCUGUAAAGCUGAUUAGAGUCUCCUGCUUCCAACUCUAAACAUGACACUCAAUAAAGCUAAGGGGAUCUAUACCCACAGCAGCAACUCAGUAUAAAUCCUAUGGUGAUGUGUAUUGGGAAUUACCAGGCAUCUACAAUGGUAGAAUGGCUUUCCAUUCUGGGCUGUAGUUGGCCUUUAAUAAAUAUUGGCCCUGAUUGGCCCAAAACUAUGAGAUAAUGAUAAUCAUGACUGGAUUAAAUGGGGCUCAGUCCAUACACAUUGGUGCCAUUUAGCUGAGCCGGGUCAUGAUUCAAACAGUUAUAAGCUUCUGGUAUAGAACACAUCACUAUCACUGCUAAUACAGAGCAUAUCCUCAUACAGUUGUACUUGGUACUGAUAUACAAUAUUCUCCCAUGGAGGCCACUACCAGCCACUAUACCUUUUUCUAUUGGUAAAUGUAUUUAUUUUGUAAACUGCAAUGUGCCAUCCUGACUGGGUACCCUGUGCCCGCGGGUCUCACUCUCAUCUCAGCAAGGAAAUACCCAGUGACUCUCAGUAUCAAGUCCCUCUGAUUGCAGAAAUAAAUGUGAAGAUAAACGGGA